UGGUCUCUCUGCUCUCUGUCGGUGCUGCUCAGUGUUUUGUCUCUUCCACCAUGCUGGUUCGAGCUCUUCUCCAGACCUCGCUGGUUCUCUGGCUGGCUCAGCAAACUCUGCAAGGCGGGGUUAAACCUCAGAGUGUGUCCUGGGGGAGAGUGCUGCCAGCCAGAGGUGUUGGCAUUGGAGUUAAACCUGGAGUAGCAGGUGCCCUCGGAGCGCUGGGGAGCCGAUAUGGCGCCAAAGCAAUGAAGACCGGAAUGGGACGUUAUCCAGGGGCUCAGCUGGGUGCUGGAGGUUACAGAGUUCUUGGAUUAGGAAGUAGAGCAGGCCUGAAGCCAGGCGCAUAUGGAACCCAGGGAGCCUAUGGGGCUCAUCUUGGCACAGGAAUGGGUUUAGGGACUGGACUCACAAACGGACUUGGAUUGAGUUUGGGCCAGGGACCGAAACGUGCGUAUGGUGCUGGCCAUGGCACUCUGCCUGGAUACGGUGCUUUAGCUGGCCUUGGCUACCCUGGAGCCCGACCAGGAAUUGGACUUGGGUAUGCCGCUGGACAGAAGGCUAAGGCACAGAAACCUGGUGCAUCGACAGCAGAUUUGGGUGGACCUGAGCUGGCCCGUCUGGGGCAAACUGUUCAAGAUCUGAUGAGAGAAAAGAGCAGAGCACUUGGCCCAUCGUAUGGAAAAGGGGACAAAACUCUUGGACCUGAAAUGGCCGGGAUGAGGAGAACCAAUAUACUUGGUGCCACUGCUCCUGAAGCACAUGCAGGAAUUGGCUUUAGACCUGCUGUACUCACACCUGGAAGAGAGGUCAAAAGCCUUGAUUCAAAACUGAAGUCAUCGAGUCUUGGACGUAUGACGCCCUUUGAUAAAAACAGUGAAAGUCUUGCUGUUUCACAAGGAGAGGUAGGAGAAAAUUAUGACAGUUUGGUGUCAUUGAAAAGGGGCACAGCAAGCCAUGGAGCCACACCGGUCACUGGAGGUGUAAGACAGCAAUUGCCUCUUGAAGAUAAUAUCAGAGGUCUUGGUCAUGUUCCUUCACCGGUACAAAGGGCACAAGACUAUGAUUUAUCUAGCCAACAAAAUCAGUGGGUCAAAAACUGUGGAUCCACUCGUGGUUUGUCAGAUGCAUUGGGAAUCAAUCGCCAUGAGCAUUUGGGUCCAGAGACGCAGAGGGGUCAAGGUUUAGUGCCCCAGCCUCAUGCUGGUAAGGACAGCAAACAUCUUGGGCAUGCAUCUCCACAAACUCUUCCACAGACCCAAGAUGUCAGAGGCAAUAUAUUCUCUCCUCCACAGGGUCAGGCAGCCAGAAACUAUGUAUCUGCCAUAGCAGACAGGCAGGGUGUCAAAGACCUUGGGCUUGUGGCUCAAGACACAAGUGUGCCUAGAAUCCGUGGGACAAUUGCUGUAGACAACAAUGGUCGUGGUCCUCUUAAUCUUCAAGUACAAGGAGGAGGGAACUACGCACCAGUGAUCCCAGGCACAAGUGGAACCCAAAGUUUAGGUGUCCCCUCAGUAGAAGGGCAGGAAGCUCAUGGCUAUACUGCUGAUGGAAAGAAGGCAAAACACCUUUCCCAUGCUGAACAUGAAGGGACAAAGUCUAAUCCUCUCACUGUCCCAGGACAGACUGGGACGAAUACCCAUGCAUCAAGUUAUGGCGGUGGAGCAGGUCUGGGAGCAAGCCUGGGUGCUGGGGGCUAUGGAGCAGGUUUGGGACAGGGAGCAUACCUGGGUGGUGCUGCUGGCAAACUCGGAGCUGCUGCUGCUCUUGGACAAGGCUAUGGUGACGGAGCAACAGGAUACUUGGGUGCUGUGCCAGGCAACGGAUUGGGUUAUGGGAAUGGUUACAGCGAUGGCUAUGGGGCUGGGCUCGGUUACCCUGCAGAGUUAGCUGAUGUUGCUGAGAACAAAGCAGGGAAGAGUGAAGCCCUCAGUACAGGAGGCUAUGCUGGACCAGUCCAGGGGGCAUAUGGUGCACUCGGCGCAGGGGCACUCGGUACAGGACUGGAAUCAGCUGGUGGUAAAUAUGGAGGAGGAGCUCCUCAGGUUCCUUAUGGUAAUGCUCCAGUGAUUCCUACUGGGCUGGAAGGUGAUGGUGGCUACCCGUACUCUCCUCAGCAGAUUGCUCUCGGGGCUGAAGGUGCCAAAACUGCCAGCAAAUACGGUGCUGGUGCAGGAUAUGGAGUUCAGCAAACAGGUUACGGUGCACAGCUGGGAGCAGCUCAUGAUGCCUUGGGAGAGCAAGCUGGCAAAUAUGGAGUGAACGGAUACAAAGGCUAAUUCAAAUGACCUGGACUUCGAGUGGAUCAUUUCCAUGAUGUGCUUGCUGUACUGUGUUUUUCAAGCUUUGUGUGUGUUUCUCUCCAUUUUGCCCUGUUGUGUUGUCUAUUUUGCCUUUUGUUUUGUUUUUUCUCAACCCCUUUGUCUUUCUCUGUGAGUGGACAUUUGUUAUCCAUGUUUGUUUGUCUUGUCGGUCCCAAACCUGCAGUGCCCCACCAGUCUUAUUUUAUCAACACUGAAAAAAACUUGGUGGUGAUUAAUGAACAUAAAUAGAUGCAAGAAUAUUGUCUCUAUGCUUGUAAAAUGAAUAUUGAAAAAGGUAAUUUUACUGUUUGAAUCCAAUAAAUUAUGUCAAAUGAU